GCCACUGGAGAGUACACCUCCCCGCACAGCAGUGGGCUCCACAUCCAGCAGAACGAACCUGGGAAACUAUACGGCGGACCAUUUCUUUACGGGGCUCCGAGGAGGAAAAGUGUGGAAAUAAAGCGUCGUUCUCGUCAAGGUUUUCAAUUUUUUUUUUAGGCUAACCCCCGUGUUUUUAGCAUCACGAAGACUUGGGAAAAGGGACAACAAUAUACAGCUGCGAUGGACAUAAUGAUUGCGGUGCAGGAUGCUUGUGUCUCUGGUCAGUGGCUUACUGCGAUAAUUCUCAGCCUGUGCUGCUUUCUGCCGUCCUGUUUGCCCGCCGGACAAACUCUGGACUAUUCCUCGGUUGAAAGUGUGGUCAGCAGGCAAGGCGACACGGCUCUACUGAGGUGCUACCUAUUGGAUGGGAUCUCCAAAGGAGCCUGGCUGAACCGCUCAAGCAUCAUAUUCGCAGGGAACGACAAGUGGUCUGUGGACCCACGUGUGUCCAUCGUGUCCAGUGUUGGUGACAAACAUGAGUACAGUCUUCAGAUACAGAAAGUGGAUGUAACUGACGAUGGCCAGUAUACGUGCUCCAUUCAGAGUGAGCGCAACCCAUGGCCAAAGCUCCUCAACCUUAUUGUAAAAGUUCCUCCCAAGAUAUAUGACAUUUCCUCUGACAUCACGGUAAACGAGGGCAGCAAUGUGUCACUCAUCUGUACAGCCAGUGGGAAACCUGAGCCAACCAUUUCCUGGAGACACAUAACCCCAUUAGCCAGGAAGUAUGACAGUGGCGAAUACCUUAACAUCACCGGCAUCACAAGGGACCAGGCUGGAGACUAUGAAUGCAGCGCUUUAAAUGACAUUGCCUCUCCUGACACCAAAACAGUAAAAGUCACAGUCAACUUUGCCCCAGCUAUCCAUGAGAUGAAAAGCCAUGGAGUUGGUCUGGGGCGCACAGCUCUGCUAAGGUGCGAAGCAGCUGCUGUUCCUUCUCCAACAUUUGAGUGGUACAAGGGUGAGAAAAGGAUUAUCAAGGGUCAAGGCAUUGACAUCAAGAGCCUCAGCUCCAGAUCAGUCCUCACAGUGACCAACAUGACAGAGGAUCGUUACGGGAACUACACAUGUGUCGCCUCCAACAAGCUAGGGACGGCCAAUGCCAGUGUGCCUCUCAUUCCAAUUAUUGAACCCACCACCACUAGUGCUGUCUCAAGCCCAGCACCCAACACUGCGCCCUAUGGGAGCACAGGAAGCGCACAAGUCCCGCUGGCCUGCCAAUACCUGGUCCUGGUUCUCUCCUCCUUCAUCAGCGUGUACUAGCAGAGCCCUGUCCAGACACAAUGACUGUCGAGAGCAUUUAUGAAUCGUUUUUGACAUUGCUGAUGGCUGGAAUCCAAUCUGGUACAGUUUGUUGAAAAGCCGUGAGGGGAAAAUAAUCAGCGUUACUUUGU